GGCAGGUCUCGACCUGAUGUCACCCAUCCAAACGUGGACUGCUUGAGCCGACUGGAUCGCCGGAGUGAAACGACCGCCCUCGUGCACAGACUCCGCAGACUCCAGUGAAGCACCGCGGGGGCAUCGCCAUGGCUUGGGUGUUGAUCACUGGCGGUGGCACGGGCAUCGGUCGAGGCUUGGUCCACCACUUCUCCAGCAUCUCCGACCUCUCAGUGCUCACCUGCGGCCGCCGCGCCGCGCCGCUGGCGGAGACCCGCCGGACGGCGCCGCGGCCCGAGGCCAUCACCAUCGUGGCCUGCGACCUUGGCACUGCCGAGGGGCGACACAGGUUUCUGGAGCCCUUGCCACCAGAGGCCUCGGUCCGUUUGUUGGUGCAGAAUGCGGCCAUUGGUGACCCGGCAGCCGUGGCAGAACUGGACCUGAAGCAUUUCGAGGAGGCGUUGCAAGUGAACCUGGUGGCGCCGGUGGCGUUGAUGCAGGCCUUGCUCCCACGUCUCCGCGCGGGCGGCGGCCGUGUACUGCACCUGGGCACCUCUGUUGCCUUCCAACCGCAGAAGGGCACUGCGACGUAUGGCAUUACCAAAGCGGCCUUUCAUCGUUUGUACCAGCAGCUCAACGCCGAAGACUUGGCCGUGCCCGUGGGAUCACUAAGCCCAGGUCUAGUCGACACGGAAGGGGUUCAGGACCAUGUGGCCAAGGCAAGGCGAUUAGAGCUCCCGCACGUGAAGUACUUUGAUCAAGCCUUUGAGAAGGCCGGCAGCUGUAGCGAGACAUCACAAAAGAAUCGAAAACAUGUUCAGCAACAGUACCCGGUCCUGCCCGAUCGCCGGUGAAAAGCCCACCCCGGUCGAUGAAAUUCAUUCCCCUCCGAGCUCCGUGCGAGGAAUUCGGUGAUUCCGGAGAUCGUUCUUGCAGUUUUCUUUCGAGAAAAGCAUGUUGUUCGUAUGAAUCGUUUGAACCCGACCUGCGGUCCACAAAAAG